AUGAGUAGUGAUAAUCCAGUUAAAAUAGAUGCUGUUCAUGUGGCAACUUUGAAAAGACAAGAUUCUGACUUUUAUCCAAGUAAUGGAUCAUACCGAGCAGGAGCUUUAACUCCAGAUACUCCAGGGACUCCUUUUUCACAACUUAGUCCAUCAGCAAUGGAUAGUGGAUUUGAAUUGAUUCAACCAGAUACAGAUUAUUUCAAUACAGGAGAAAUUCCAAAUCAAAUUCAUUCAAAGGAAGUAAUGACAUCUACCAAUCCUCCAAAGAACAAAUGGAGAAUAUAUGCAAUUUAUGUCUGGCAAAUAACUGGGGGGUUCAGUGAUGCUGCUCCAGGGGCAUUAUUACCUUAUAUGGAAUCAACCUAUGAUUUGAAUUAUACUGAAGUUUCAUUGAUUUGGAUGGCUAACGCUAUUGGAUUCAUAUUCGUUGCUUGCUUAUCUCAUACCAUACAAACACAUUUAGGGAAAUUUAAAUCCAUGAUCAUGGGUACCAUGAGUUCCAUAAUUAUGUAUGCUAUUAUUCUGAGUGGUACAAUUUUCCCAAUUAUAGCUGUGGCUUUUUUCUUUGGUGGAUGUGGACUUGCUAUAGUAUUGGCCCAAGCUAAUGUGUUUUUAGCAAGAUUAGACAAACUGUCCAAGUAUUUAUCUUUUUGCCAUGGAUCCUAUGGUAUAGGUGCUACUAUUUCACCUUUGGUUGCCACUGUCAUGGCAGGUUCAGGUAUUAAAUGGAACUACUUCUACCUCAUUUUAUUAUCGAUGAUGAUUAUCAAUUGUAUAACAUUUUCAUUUGCUUUCAAAGGUUCAGAUGAAGAUUUAGCCCCCUGGGAUCAUGAUGAUGAUCAUAAACAAAUAGAAUUGAAUGAUUUGAAUAAUGUUAGUCAAAUGGAAAAUCAAAAAGUUAAAGAUAAUGGUGCAUUCAUCGGAGCUUUGAAAUUCCCCAUUACUUGGAUUGCAGCAUUUUUCGUGCUUUUUUAUCAAGGAUCUGAAGUUUCGUUAGCUGGUUGGAUCGUUACGUUCUUAUUAGAUUAUAGACAUGGAACAAAAAGUUCAGGUUAUGUGGCCUCAGGGUUUUGGGCAGGGUUGACUGUUGGAAGAUUAGUUAUUGCUGCUCCAAUGCAUAAAUAUUUUGGUGCCAGAAGAAGUGUUUUUGUCAUCUCGGUAUUAUCCAUAGUACUUGUCAGUUUAACAUGGGCUAUACCUCAUGUGGUAGCAGAUGGUGUGCUUAUCUCCCUCACAGGAUUAUUUGUUGGCCCAGUAUACCCAUUAAUGAUUUCUGUAGUUUCCAAAUUAUUACCUCGUAAAAUUCAAGUUGUUUCAUUGACUAUAAUCACUGCAGCUGGUUCCAGUGGAGGUGCAUUUUUCCCAUUCAUCAUUGGUUUGUUAUCUCAAAGAACUGGUGCUUUCAUAGUGUUACCUGGGUUUAUUCUUCUUUAUUCAUUGAUGAUCAUUUUGUGGUUAUGUCUUCCAAAUUACGAAAGGAAAGAAACAAAGACUUUAUGGCAGAAAAUUUGGUGA